UCGACCUGGUUGAAUUAAGGGAGGUGACUCUCACGGCAAGGGAGAUAAUUGACACAAACAUUUACGUGAACAAGCACUGAUUGUAUUUCAUCAUGUGACCUAAUUAGCUGAGGUAAUCUGUGUUUACUGUAUGUAACUGAAGAUGGAUGUAAAAAUUACAAAGUUAACCUUAUCUUUGCUUCAAGCGUGUAUUUCACAUAUUGUGUUCUGCGUCAUUUACGUAAGCGCCCAAAGUUCGACUGCGCGGAUCGAAGCUGAGGAAAUGCAAUUCUCUACACGUCGUAUGAGCAGACCAAACGCCCCAUUUGUGGCUGACUGGGUGAACCAUAUGGGCGAUGAUCAUGUCAGGAGGAGCACGUACAACAUCACAGACAAGAACUGGCCACACGACAUACCGUACGUCAUUGAAUCAUCAUACACAGGCGACAGGGUGUCACUUCGUUUGGUGAUGGACUACAUUUCAAGUCGCGUGUGUGUCAUGUUCCAUGACGUGGCAGCCACGUACAACAAGUCGGACUCCCAUUGGCUGACCAAUCACGGCUUUAAGACCAAUUCUUACGUCAGCAUUAGGGAUGGAAACGGGUGCUCAGCCUCACAAGGCCAAGAUAAGUAUCCAGGUGCUCAGCCUGUCUACCCUUGUAAUGGUUUUGGCAUCAACCUGCACGAGAUGCUGCACGUGCUUGGCGUCAUCCACACCCACCAGGGGCGGAUCCGUGACUCGUACAUGUCUAUCAAUGAGGCGGAUAUCAAACCCGAGCUGGCGUACUCAUACAGAAAAAUAACCGUGAACAGUUUAGUCAACAACAUCUUUGAUCCCACCUCUACUAUGAUGUAUAGCUCAGAUACCUGGAGUCUGGACGGCCUUGAGACCUACACCCCAAUAAGAGACGAUUUUUUCCACACGUCUUUAGAAUUCUCUGAAGAGCAUGUCGUUUUCCUGGAGUUAAAUUCUAUUUACCGAUGUAACGAACUAUUCUGCAACAACGACCAGACGGACUGUGGCCCAGGCUACCACACGUUGAUCAAUGGACGGUGUCGCUGUGUCUGUCCGGAUGAGUUGGAUUACAACACCAAUUGUAGGACACACAUUGAUGGACCGGCAAAGGAUAUAUCUUGGCCUGACACCCAAAUCAUUAUCUACGGAAAUACGUCUUGCCCGUCUGGAUUUGAACCCACGCCAGCAAUGCUGCCGUUAUCUGGCAACCUGGGCGCCUACCAGGAAGAUACACCUGAACGGUACCACGUGACCAACAAGACCCUGUACCUCCCUCUGUGUAAAAAGUCGAGCCCGGCUAACCCUGGAGACGUCAACUGGAAGACCUGGCCCCUAGGGGGGCAGUUCUGCUUCGUCAGACCCCUGGGGCAGCCGUGUGGGGGAGUUUUUGAAGAAGGGGGGAUAGAAUUUCAGACCCUCAACGAGACCCACCCAUCUGGAGACAUUGGCAACAUCAGCAUCAGCGGUAGGAUGGUGACCAUCAACUACUGCUGCAAGAACAAGGAGCAUCACGGACUAGUCAUGGACCUGCCCAACGCUGAGCCGUUUAAACUGAUAGCCAAAUCUAUGCAUUGUCCGAAAGUUAGAGGUAUGAAGAGCACCAAUUCAAGGCUGACCUUCUGGACAAAUUCUUCUCGAAACUUUGGGCCUCUGCCACCUUUGAGUUAUUUCUACCCCAAUUCUUUUUUACACUACCAGUGUUACUUACAACCACCCAUAUAUGGCUGUAGUCAUCUGUUUACUCUGACCCCUACAAACCGAUCUGUCACGGUUACCACGCCUGGGUUCGAAACACAACGGGAACCAAACAGAAGAUGUUUUUACAGCUUUAAUGUACCGCCCCAAUCCAAACUGAGGCUGACCUUGAACAAGUUUGACCUUCACGACAACGACGAGUUUAUGAUCAAACGUUUUCAUCAGUGGCAGGAUCCGUACAGAAUCGUGGGUGAGGUCAAACCUGAUCUGCUGGUGAGUGAGGGCGACUACUUGUCGUUACAGUACUGGGCAUCAUGGGAAAAAACUAACAAGAAAGGAAUCAACUUUACCGUUGAUAUUGUGCUUGCCGAGGAGAUGUGUUACGAUGUGGCGACAAAAGGGGCAGACUACUACGGUGAGAAAUCUGUUACAGAAACCUUCGAGCCUUGUGUCCCUUGGGAGAAAGCCACAUCUUGUGAUGACUUCCCCUUUGAUGGAUUAAACGGGAUUUCCCUGUUAGAAAGCGGAAGUAGCUGUAGAAAUCCCGGCGGGUCUCUCCUUCAGCCUUGGUGUUAUACUUUUGUCAGGGGCAGCGUUUGUCAUAGACGGUACUGUGACGUCUGCAAUAUUCAGAAAAGUUCUGAUGUACUCAAGACGUGCUCUACACUGAAAACAACAGUCCCAGACUUUUGUAACACUGCCGUGGAACGGUUCGCUUGUUUUCAGACGUGUGGCCUCUCACAGCAGACGUACACACCAGCGACAUGCAGCCCACCCAGCCUACCAUCUGAUGUGUACGCCGCUGGAGGAUUAAAAAGUGUGUACAAGGAAGGGGAGGUAAUCAACGUGACUUGUACAACUUCCGGUUCUUUUGUCAACACAAUCAGAUGUACCAAAACUGGAUGGUCGGGUCAGGCUUUUACUUGUAACGGCUGCCCCGAACACUGGUCUGUGUACGAAGACCGAUGCUUCCGGUACUUCACUGCAUGGGUCACCAGACGACAAGCUGAGCUCGUCUGUAAAUCACAUGACGUCACGGGGACGUUGUUCGAGGUUCGAACACUCGCUGAUCAGGUCAUGGUUCGGCAGUUCAAACAAAACGGCACCUCAGAAUAUCACCAAGGCAACUGGAUUAGUGGUCAACUUCAGUCUGACGAUGGGAAAUGGCUGUUCGACUCCGGCAAUGUCAUGAGCUACUUUAAUUGGUCAUCUACAGCAGAAACCACCAAUAUGUCUUACAACUGUAUCAAGCUUAUCGCAGAAUACCAGGGGUUCCAUGAGCAAGGUGGUUGGCGCACCAUGGCGUGUAACAGCACGGAGCCUGCCCCGUAUAUGUGUCAAGUGGACAAUUCAUUAUCCAGGGCGUGCAAUGAUAAAGUUCCAACCUGCAAGAAAGUUCUGGAAACUUACCCGGCGUUCUGUACAGAUAGCAGAACGGCAAGGUCUCGAGACGUGUACUGUAGGAAGACGUGUGGUCACUGUCCAGGAGGUAGCCAGUGCUCUGAUCCCAUGGGGACAACUUAUACCAGGACAUCUCAAUCAGCUGUUAUCUCCCCUGGUCAGGUCAUGAACUUCACCUGUCAGGAUCAUUUAUAUCACGUGGGUGGUGACCUGCAGAGGGCGUGUUCCACUUCCGGUACCUUGUUGGGAUCCGAACCCGUAUGUCUAGCCACACCAAAAGCUAUGGACCUCAAGUUAGAAACAAUUCGAGCAAGAUCGGGCACUCUUGCACCAAACAUUGCAAUACUGCUGGACAAAGAUGGUUACAGGAUACCAUUCAAUGGUAAAGUAACUAGAUGGUAUUAUUAUUGUAAAAGCUCCGGCAUUGUCAACUUUAUUGUCUUUAGAAGAUCCGGCUCUGUCUACACGUUCGUUGGUUCCAACACGGUGAAUUGUGAGCCGGAAUGGAUUCGAACCUACAACGUACCAUUAGCGAAUCAGAUCGAUGUUUUUCAGAACGAUGUGUACGGCGUCUACACGCCCAACAAAACUACACUCAGCAUUAGCGACUGUGACACAGCUUACUUGAAGGUCAUGACCUUACCAGCCACGAAUGUCACGUCCUUGGCUGACCUUAGGUCAAGUAGUGGUGUGCUGUUUCAAGGAAACAAAUGUGCUGUCCCCUCACUUGGUCUUCGUGUUGAGCCUUAGCGUGGAAUAGGGCAGUAGCUUCACACGGAGCCCUAUCUUCAUAUGAAGAUUUUAAUUUAUGUGGAGCUUUAGCGUGGAAUAGGGUAAAAGGUUCACACGGAGCCCUAUCUUCAUACGAAGCUUUUAAUUCGGUUAGAGCAAUAGCUUCACAAAA